AGGCGGUAGCGGGGGCGGCGACGCUGUUGCCCUUUUAAGCCGCGGGGCCGCCGCCUCCUGCCGGUGGAGUCGGUUACAAAGGGAGCAGCGGCUCGGGCGCCGCACAGCUGCCUGCUGAGGCCUCGCGCCCCUCGCCAUUUUCCAGCCGCGCUCCUACGCGGGUCGCGGCGGCGGGGAGAGGCGGAGCCGCAAGAGCGCGGCCCGGGCCGGCCCCACGGGGCGGUCGCGGCCGUGACGGCGGCUCCGGGCCCAGCUCCCCUUCCGCACCCCUCCCGCCGGAGAUGAGGGGAAGAUGUCCGUGUCAGGGCUCAAGACCGAGCUGAAGUUCUUGUCGUCCAUCUUCGACAAGAACCACGAGCGAUUCCGCAUCGUCAGCUGGAAGCUGGACGAACUGCACUGCCAGUUCCUGGUGCCGCCGCCGGCGCCGCCGGGCAGCCCGCACUCACCGCAGCCGCCGCUCACACUCCACUGCAACAUCACGGAAUCUUACCCAUCUUCUUCACCAAUAUGGUUUGUGGACUCUGAUGACCCAACUCUGACAUCAGUUCUGGAACGUCUAGAAGAUACUAAGAACAACAACACGCUUCGUCAGCAAUUGAAGUGGUUGAUAUGUGAACUCUGCAGAUUAUAUAACCUUCCUAAGCACCUGGAUGUUGAGAUGCUAGAUCAACCACUACCCACGGGUCAGAAUGGAACAACAGAAGAAGUGACUUCAGAAGAGGAGGAGGAAGAAGAGAUGGCUGAAGAUAUAGAAGACUUGGAUCAUUAUGAGAUGAAGGAAGAAGAGCCUAUUAAUGGGAAAAAGUCAGAGGAUGAAGGAAUUGAAAAAGAAAAUUUGGCAAUAUUAGAAAAAAUUAGGAAGACUCAAAGGCAAGACCAUUUAAAUGGUGCGGUGUCUGGGUCAGUGCAAGCUUCAGAUAGACUUAUGAAAGAGCUCAGGGACAUAUACAGAUCACAGAGUUAUAAAACAGGGAUUUAUUCAGUGGAACUCAUAAAUGACAGUUUAUAUGACUGGCAUGUUAAACUGCAGAAGGUUGACCCUGAUAGUCCGUUGCACAGUGAUCUUCAGAUCUUAAAAGAAAAAGAAGGCAUAGAAUAUAUUUUGCUUAACUUCUCUUUUAAGGAUAACUUUCCCUUUGAUCCUCCAUUUGUUCGAGUGGUAUUACCUGUCCUCUCAGGAGGGUACGUCUUGGGUGGAGGAGCAUUAUGUAUGGAACUUCUCACAAAACAGGGCUGGAGCAGUGCCUAUUCAAUAGAAUCAGUCAUCAUGCAAAUAAAUGCCACCUUAGUCAAAGGCAAGGCCAGAGUGCAGUUUGGAGCAAAUAAGAAUCAGUAUAAUCUAGCAAGAGCCCAACAGUCCUAUAAUUCCAUUGUACAGAUACAUGAGAAAAAUGGCUGGUACACUCCUCCAAAGGAAGAUGGCUAAAUAUGUUGACUCUCAUAUGUUUGGACCAAUGUUGCUUUAAAGAAAAUCUUUCCAACAUGCAGAUACAAGCUUUGAGUGCCCCUAUAACAGCAGUACCGAAGAUGUUAGCUAAUAGAUAUUUUAGUGGAUAAUCUGUCAACUGACAUCGAGUAUAAGUUACAGCCUUUUCAUUUUGCUCACUUCAGUUAUCUUGGACUGAGCAGUGGGGCCUUUACUGUAUUUUCCUGAUAAAUACACUUACUGGCCACUCCUUAUCUCUUUUUCUUGAAAAGUGAAAUCUUUUAAGCAGGCAAGUCAGCAUCAGGUUACUGUGGUUGCGACUUGGCAGUAGCUUUCCUAUAUUGAGUCCAUGGGUUUUGAGGAUUUGCAAUAUACUGUUCCAUUUAGAGCCAUUAGAAGUUUAAUCAAUGUUCAAUUGGUUUAGAAAAUUUUAAGGCUUCUAAACCACGGCCUUUUAAGGUCUAAAACCAUUUUAUGAUAUUGCCAACGUAAUGACAGGAAAUUUACUCAUUAAAUUGUUAAACUUUUUUAUGGCUGUGUGAAGAUAUGAACUGUUUCCUGAAGAUAUGCUCUUACUUGAAUUGUACGUUUUAGGCAAAGCAAAUUAAGGCAAUGCCACUUAAGGUUUGUUGAGUAGUAAUUUCCACUGGGGCAGCAGAGUCUUGCUGAGCUGAAUCGGUUUCUUUUGGUUCAAUAUUUCUUACAAAAAAGAGCCACAAUAUAGAGCUUGAAGUUAUUUAAAAUACUAAGUCAUUUUACCUUUCCAUUUUAUUAACGGGAUGUUGCAAUGAUUUGUAAACUAAUAAACUUAUAAAGUGAUUGGCAUGAAAACAGACUUCCUUGAGCAAAAAGCUAUAUAGUUAAGUACAAAAAGAUACCUGAUUUGGAGACUCUUUGUUGUCAUGACAAUGGCUUUUACAACCAAAAGACUAAUAGGAACUCGUAAUUCUUUUGUACAACCUGACUCAAAUCAAUGUACUCUCCAUUUUACUGCCUUACAUGAAUCAGUCCUGUUUGGGUGGUGAGAGAUUUUUUUUUUUUUUUUUUUUUAAUAAACCCAAGUUUGAUUUAAAAAUAAAUUCUAGUUAUUAAGCACUUUUAAAAGAAACCCAGAAGCACAUUUUUCUGCACAAACCAGUUACAAAGUUGAAACACAUUUCUUAUGUAUUUGCUUUAAGAUUGUUUUUAACUUUGUAAACCGUAUCUGAGAGAUUUGGCACUUAUGCAUUAUUGUGUUUCUUUUGAUUUUAUUUUGGUUAGGACAGUAGAUAAAGAUGUUCUGGCAUUCUUGCUCACUUUAAAUUUAUAUAAAGCUCUGAUUGCCAGCUGCUCAGAUAACAAGUGACAAGGCAGAAUUCUUUAAAGCAUUAAAGUUCCUUAAGCCUAAGGCUAAAUCUUGAAUACAUUAUUGAAUUCUUUAAUAUCCUGAUGGCUAGCAGAUUGACAGCUGCACAUUUGGCAUGCUUUGUUUUUUGGAUUUUAUUUUUCAUUGCAGAUUUAUUUGGCAAUGUACAGUAAAUUUUGUAAACUUGCAUCAAGUUUAUGAAUAAAGAACCAUUCAAAAAUUA